UGAAAAAAAAAUAUUUCGGUUUUCGGUUUGGUUUCGGUUUUAGAAAUUGAAAAACCGAAAAAUCGAACAAAACCGAACAGAACCGAAAUUUCAGGCCCAAAAGCCCCCUAGCCCAACACUUUUACCCUAAGUAUAUAAAGGAAAAAAAAAAACCCUAAUCCCUCACUUCCUCAUCUGACUCUCAGUCUCUCACCUCUCCUUUCCUCUUCUUCUCCUGAUCUCACCUCUCCGCCCUUUCUCUCUUCUCUUCUCAGAAUCUUAGUUCUUCCUCUCUCUCCUUUCCUCUUCUCAACUCCGUCCUUUCUUUCUCCUCUUUGAUCUCUUCUCCAUCACUCUGUUCUCCUCUUUUCCCCACCAGCCCACAGCGAACAAGUUUAUUUACAACGUUAUUAAGCCAUCAACUGAGUAGCUAAGGUUUUUCAUGUCAAAUUCAUCCAUGAAAACACUAGAUCUAGUGUUUUCAUGGUCGAACUUGACCUUUAAAACCCAAAUUCGAGGUUUUUCGGUGGAAUGUGAGGUAUGUCCUCUUUUUCUUAAUUUUAAUUUGAUUUGAAUUUUUUUUCCUACUUUAUUUUUAUGGUGGCGUAGCCGUGUAGAUUGAAUUGCGGUGGUGAUAGGUAGUUGUGGGUCGAUCUAGGGUUAGUGUUUGGGUGGAAAGGAUGAAGGGUGGUGAAAUAAGGUGGGUUGUGGGUUGUGGUGGGUGCGGAUCUGGGUUAGGGGUGGUGAUAAGGUGGUUUUUGGUGGUUGUUGUGGGUGGUAGUGGUGAUAGUUUCUAUGGGUGGUUAGUGGUGGUUAGUGGGCAUUGUUGUGGGUGGUUAGUGGUGGUAGUUUCGGUGGUUUUUGGUAGGUUAGGGUGGGUGGUAGGUGGGUUUUAGGUGGGAUGUUUGUAUGGUUUGGUUUGGUUCGAUUUUAAUUGGUGUGGUUUGGUUCGAUUUUUUUGCAAAAUGUGAUAUUUAGGAUGCUUGAGAGGAAAAUUCGGUGCGGUUUGGUUUUUUUUAGGAAAACCGAAAUUUAGGUAGUUUGGUUUGGUUCGGUUUCAAAGCUAAAGUGGUGCGGUGUGGUUUGCAAAAUCAAGAAACCGAAAUUUGAUGGUUUGGUUUCAGUUUGGGCAAAAAAACCAAACCGAAAACCGAACUUUCACCCCUACCCUCCAAAAAUAAAGCCAACAAAUCCUUAUCAGCCCCCACUACCCCCCACACACGACACACCCACUCUCUCUCACCUCCUUCCUCUCUCUCUCUCUCUCUCCUCCGCAAAUUCCAACAAAUGGCGGAAACCUCUUCAAUGGAAGAUCCUCCUCAACAAUCAUCCUCCCACGACCACCCCGACACGACCACCCACAAUCUCUCUCCUCCUCCCGGCUUAUCCCACCACGAAUUCACCUCCCUCAUCCCCUCCAUCACCGAAUUCCACACCUACCGCCUCAACAAAUCCCGCCAAUGCUCCUCUCUACUCGCUCAAAAAAUCCACGCCCCACGCGCCGUCGUCUGGUCCAUCGUCCGCCGCUUCGACAAACCCCAAACCUACAAACACUUCAUCAAAAGCUGCUCUGUUCGCGACAACUUCACUCUCUCCGUUGGAUCCACGCGCGACGUUAACGUCAUUUCUGGCCUCCCUGCUGCUACCAGCACCGAACGCCUCGAUAUCCUUGAUGAUCAUCGCUUUGUUACUGGCUUUACUAUUAUCGGUGGUGAACACCGCCUCCGUAACUACCGCUCUGUUACGUCACUUCAUGCUGUUAACAACCCAGAUUCCGGCGAGGAUGACGUCACUAUUGUUUUGGAGAGUUACUUAGUUGAUGUUCCUGAAGGUAAUACUGAAGAAGAUACGCGCCUUUUUGCUGAUACUGUUGUUAAGCUUAAUCUACAGAAGCUCGCUUCCGUCGCCGCAGCGGUGUACUCCGGUGACGCCACCGCCGUCGAAAACAGGUGAUUGUGAAUGUGGGGUCCAUUUUUUUUUUUUUUUAAAAAAAUUGAAUGAAAAAAAGGGUAGUGGAGGGAAUCUGAAUCUGAGACGUAAAAUUACAUUUUUCAGAUUUUUUUUUUUUUUUUUGUUUGGAUUAUUUACUCUUUUGGGUAAAUUUUAAUUUUAAUUUUUUUUUGUUGUUGGAAAAAAAAUCUUUACCCCAUGAAAAGAAAAAUGAAGUUGUUAAAUAGAUUAAGCACGUUGAGAUGUUGAUGUUGAUGGAAUUUUUAUUUAAGGAAAAUGGAAAGAAAUCUUCCUUUUACCAAUUUUGUAUUUUGUACACUAUAUAUUACUCCGUAUUACUUACAGUAGCA